UGUGGAUUGGGUUCGAGACGCAGAGAGAUUUGUGAAAGAUGUCAGGAACACGCUGCGACAGAGUCGAAAAAUGAGCAGGAAUCGUAGGCGGAGCUUACCCAGCAGCUCAGUGCCCUCAGAUGAAGAGCAGACCUCCCCUGCAGAGCACAAUGCAAGUAGCCAGACCACGUUGAGGACACGAUCCCUGUCCAGGCAGGAGCUGUUGGUGCAGCCCUCGUCCAUCUUCGAGAAUGAAACGCAGGCAGAUCGACCACUGAUGGUCGAUGUGGCGGUGGGCCCCGUUUUGGGGUCUCCAAGUUCCGAAGUUAUCGAUUGGAGUACUUCGACUUCGUCGCUCAGACGGCCUCACUGGAGUGCAGGAGACCUGUCUCUCGGAACUUUUCCCCACAUCCUUGUGGAGGCACCAGAAGGCGUUAAGCCUAAGGAUACCAACCCGCCGGCUUCCAAUCCCAUUGAACCGAUAUCCGAAGUGCCGUUUAUGGAACCCACUUUUGAGAAACGGCUUUCUCCAGUCGAAAGGCCUCCUUCUGUCAAGGGGACCACCGAAGAACCCGAUCGAAAAUCUUCUGAAUCAUCUGUUCCGUCCAGUUUCACCCAGUCUGCCAACACCCAAGACUCUCGAUUGAAGUUCGCCUCUGCCGAAUUCGUGAGGAGCGCGACCUCAAUCAGUGCCUCGAAUCAAUAUGAUAGGGAGGAGCCGCUCAUCACCAAAACCCAAAAGUUCUACAAAAAAAGAGCCCCUUUGGUACCACGAUACGACUCGGAGGACUCGUAUGUCAUUGACAAGGAAAUUAUUCAGCUGAAUGCGUCCGUGUCCGCGUCCAGUGGGGGCUAUCACUUCGCGGACACCGAAACACCCGGAUCAUUCAGCGAACACGACGCGGACAGGCGGAAGAACAGCGAAAUGUUCGACUCAGGGAGUGAUGAUUCCAAGGAGUCCUUCGACCUGAUCCGCAGCGGCAGACGUCUGGGCUCGGGUAUGGUUUUUAUCUAUAUGGUGAUACCCCCCGACGGCGGCUUCGGCUGGGUGAUCAUGGUGCUCUCCUUCCUCGCCCAGAUGAUCAUCGACGGCCUCAUCUUCACCAUUGGCAUUCUGUUGCCCUUUAUAGCCAAGGAUCUGGACGUCCAAAUGACGGAGGUGCUGUUCGUGGCCAGUGUGCAGAUUGGCUGCUACUUCACGAGCGGUAUAUUUGGUGCCAUCCUGAUCAAUCGUUUCGGUUUCCGUAAGGUGGCCAUUGCCGGAGUCCUGUCCUCCUCAUGCGUCGUCUUGCUGGCCAGCUUCAGCGUCAACCUGGUCAUGCUGAUCUGCUUCUACAGCGUCCUUGGAUCCCCCCCAGGUGGCAUCUGCAUGAGCAUGAUCUGGGCGAGUUCCCAGCUGAUAGUGGGCUACUACUUCGAGCGGUAUCGUCCGAUGGCCAAUGGAUUCUCCUGCAGCGGUGGCGGCGUCGGUAUAGUUAUUUUUACGUUCCUCAACGCCUGGCUGGUGCCGAUGAUCGGCUGGAGGAACGUGCUCCGCACGCAGUCGGCACUGAUCCUGCUUAUCCUGCUGAUGGCCAUCGCCUACGUGGAGGUGGCCCCCACUCAGGUGGGCCUCUACCACCAUCCCGACCUGGUGGAGUCCAGUUCGGAGGAGUACUACGGCAACUUCUAUGUGCAGGACUACUUGCGUAUGUCCACCCAGACGGCAGGAACUCGGAGUGUCCUCAACACGUAUGAGCCGCCUCCAAAGAAGCGUGUAUGCGCCAAAUUCUGCUCCUGCUGCACCAAGUGCCGUGAGAAGAGGCAGACCAAGAAGGCGGAGACCGAGGACGAGCACAACCUGCUCAUCCGUCCAGCGCCCAUGGAGCGGGAUGAUCUCUUCUACACGGGUCCCGCCGAAUACGAGAAGCCCCACAGCAAAGAGCGCCUCGAGGGCAAGGAGAUCCACCUGCAUAAGAAUGCCCAGCAGGUAAACUACGGCAUCAAGACCAUACAUGUAGACGAUGAAGACCCGUCCACUUCUAGGGUCUCUCACAGGAGAUGGGCCAAAGAGUCGGAAACGAAACAGAAGAAGCAGAACCGGUGUGUGGCCACCCUGGUGAAGCUCUUCGACUACCAUCUGCUGAAGAAGUUCGAGUUCCAGGUGCUGGUGGCGUCCGCUUUUCUGUUUCCAAUGGGCUUCAACAUACCCUUUGUUUACUCGUAUGCACGCACCACGAUUCCCGAGGAAUAUGCGCGGCUAAUCGGACCCACUAUCGGUAUUACCAACGUGGUAGUGCGGAACACCUGCGGCUUUCUGGCCUAUAAGCGGAGGGAAUGGACCACAAACAUAUGUGGCGUCGGCCUGGUCUACGGCGGAUGCGCCAUCUUCAUCAGUGCCUUCUACGGCCGGGACUUGAUUUGGUUCCAGUUUCUCUACGGCGUUUCCUAUGGAGUCGCUCCAGCUGUAUUCUCCACUUUGCGAGGACUUAUCUAUGUGAAAUAUUUGGGCCUGGCAAAGCUGACCAAUGCCUUUGGGAUAACCUCUUUGGCCAUGGGCGUCGGCGCGUUCACUGGCACUACGGUUGGCGGAGAACUAGUGGGCACUUCGGAAAACUAUACGGCUGCCUUCAUCUUUGCCGGGCUGUGCCUCAUAAGCUCUGGAGCACUGAAACUACUGCUGCCCGCGCUGAUAAAGCUUCGCAACCGGAAAAAACGUUGAGGAAUCGUAUGUUUGGAAUUGCAUUAUUUAUUGGUUGUUCUCCUUCGAACUAGGGAUUUAUUUUACAAAUCGGCUUACGCUCUUCUUGAUAUCGCAUUUGGUACAUAGACAUCUUUUUUCACUAUUUUACUGGUUAUGUAUGCCCGUGUUCAAAAUUUUCAAUAAAUGAUAUUAUCUUA